AUGCUCGGAGUAACGUUACUCAACAGAAGAAGAAACUCCUGGCUCUAUAAAAAGCUGAAGCUACGCGAAGUUCGGUUGGAAGCUGUGAAGAGAAAAUGGCUUUUCACAAAGAAGAUCGCUGUAGGAGAAGACCUUGGGCGAAGAAAAUUGGGGAAUGGCGUCCAUGGGCUGAAACGCGUGGAGUUGCACGACCAGGACCCCAUUGGCGAGAUCACCUACGAGCCGUUUUUGGUCAAAGAUUGGUUGCGUUGCGCGAACCGACAAAGAUCCCUUCAAAUAUUCCAUUAUUCAGCAGAUUCAACAUUUUCCUGGAGACUGAAUGAAUGUUAAACUUCAAAUUUUUUCUCAAUUAUUUAUCACGCUCAAUGUGAUUUUUUCGAAACAAAAUUUACCACUUUCUAGUGGUUCUACUUCCGUGCGCUUGAAAAAUGAGCAAUUUCUCUUUUUAAUCUCUUGGAAUGAAUAAUCACAAAAGAUAUGACGAAGAGUACAGAUCCGUCUCAUACCUAUCAAGAAAUCAAAAUCAGCUAAACUGAUAAUUUUUUGAUAACUAAAACUAGAAUUUGAUAACAAAAUCGUAUCGUACAACAAACUAACGACGGAUAAUAUUCGUCAUAUCAGAAAAACCGACUCAGUGUCUGUUGUUCUUGAUUACGUGUCAUGUUAUCAGGACAAAUUUUAGGUCAUUUCGAUCUUGGAUCUUGGAAAAAUGAUGUGAUCGUGACGUCGGAGCCUGAAAAAUGGAUCCAUGUCUUGGAAGCUUAUCAGCCACGUUUCUUAUCGAUAAAUUGAUAUAUAAACAGUUGAACAGGCUGCUGAAUUCGUAGCAUCAGUGCAACAACCAGCCAUGAAAACUGCUCUCGUCCUCCUUCUCGUCGGCGUUUUCGGUUCGUUCAAUUUUUUUUGUCACAAAAAAUUGAAAAUUUAUAAGCAUUCAAGAUUUUCACAAGGAUAACUUCUUUACAAGAAAAGAUGAUUCCUAGCAUUUUGUUCAUCUUUUGUAGAUAAAAAAUUGUAAUUAUUCGAAAUUUUUCAGCACACAACCUCAUUGCUCAGCAGAGCUGCUCCUCGGAUCAAAAUGAUGUAAGUUAAUUUUUCUUUCGAAUAUUAAACUUUCAAUCAUUUUUUCUUGUAUAGUCCAGCUGAGGGGCCUGAAGAAGAUGGACCAAAUUUCAAGAAAAAAAUUUUUUUUACGAGGUCAUUCAAGACUUUUAACCACCUUUCAAAAGAUUUUUUUCAGCUAACUUUCCCUUUUUCAGCAAGCCAAGGGCUGUUUCUCAACCUGGCUGAACAGCUACAACGUCUCGUCGUCGCAAGUCACUUUCCAGAACUUUUUCGCCGCUCGGUUGGCUCUUUUCAACGCGUCAGGCCCAGCUGGAUUCGACCAGUCCUGCACGUUCGUUUUUAGAGUAUCUAAUGUUUUUUAAUUUGUGCUGGUCUUGUUCUACAUCCAUUGAAAUUUGAAUCUGGCCUCUAGAAAGCUAUUUUCAGGUGGCAAUUGGCCCUGGACACCUGCCUCCAAGGAGUCGACCUCAACUCCUGCCUGACCCCUGCCAGCUUCGCCAACUGGUUCAACUCUCCUCCCAACGAUUCCUUUGAAUUCCGUACCUUCUACUACGUUGGAGACUACCAAUGCACUGACGGACGUCAAGGUGAAAACUAUUGAAACUUGCAAAAAUCACGAGCGGGACGGACCCUGCGACCUCUGAAAUGUCGAAUUUAUCUUUAACCAAUCGACUAUGUUGCAGUCCUCUCCAAGAACUGGAACUGCAUCCUGAAGGUGGACACCUACGAGUCCAGCGACUUGCAAUCCUGCUACAAUACCUACAUCGCCUCGGUCAACAACGGAACCGACGUCUGCAAGUGAGUUCGUUACGACUUUAAACAGGCUUGCCUGUCUGCGCCCUCCUCUCCUUCACCGGCGAGGUCAUGAGAAAAUACCAAGAGCGCAAAAAUUUGAACAAUUUCAAGCUAUAGAGAUCAAAUUGAAAAGAUUAAAUCAAUAUUUGCAGGGCCUACAACCAGUACAUCAACUGCAUGGACAGCUUGUAUGCAAUUAUUUGCGGACCGGCCGUUCGCCCCUACAUGUGCCAAAUGGAUGAGAUCGGCUUCGAGGUGAGCACCUCUCUAACCGUCUGCGCUCUCUCUUUCUCUCGCCUACAGAAAAAAAUCAUCAAGAGAACGAGAGAGCGCAGACAGUUAGACCAUGAUAAUUAUCUACUGAGCGCAUUUACCCGCCCUGUUUUUGACUAUCAAAAAUGAGCUCCAACGUUAAUACUGUUCCUAUCGCUUCUCUUAUGCUACUUAAUGCCACCAAGCGCAAGUAGUUUCUAGUCGGGCGCAAAAUCAAGACGCAGUCUUUUUACAGAAGAUAGGGCUUAUUGAGCGCUGAAAAACGAUUUUCAUAAAAACCAACGCCUUCUCAAAGUGAAAAUAAGAAAAGACGAAUUUUCAGGUCAACUACGGCGGCUGCAACAAGACCCUCCAGCACUGCUUCUGA